UCGUGUUCUGGAAAAGGUGUGAGAGGUACGGAGCUGAGAUUCUGAGUAUUUGGAGAAGCGAGAGAACUAGGGUCAAGGAUUCUUGGGACUCCAAGACGCACUGGCGGGGGAAGGGGGUUGCCGGGAAGAGUUCAAUGUUCGGGUCUUGGAGCCGGACAGCGAGUUUGGAGGUGAAGUCCAGGGGCGUUUGAAAGUCAGGAGACUAGAAGUGGGAGGAAGUAUCAGAAUUAGGAUACGUAGUCUCCCGAACUAGAUCGGAGCAUUGUCGUCUUUGAGCGAUGUGUUCGGAUCUGGGUCUCUGGAUCCAAGGGCAGUUUGGAAGGAGAAUCCCGGACUUUCAAGGAACGGAGGGACUGGCAGAAAGCAAAUUUAGAGCCGGAGUCUGGGGUGGGGGAGGGGUGUUCCGGGCCUGGAGCUCAGACUCGCGGCCCCGGAGGCAAUGGAGGGCGGGGCUCGGCGGGCGCCGGCAGCUGGACGUCCGGGUUCCCUUCCCCCACCCGCCUGUGCCCCUGUGCGCAUGCCCUGAGGGAGAGCGGGGUGAGGGGGGUGGCUCGUCCUCUGGACGGGCGGAGCCCUCUAGGGAUUGUAGUGCGUGCUCGACGUCAAUUCGUGUACCUGGCGGCUGUUGGCCCCCGUUUCCCAGAAGCCCCUGGGCCAAAUUGGGGCGUUCCUGGAUGCUAUGGCAUCAUGGUGGGAGGCUUGAAGAGGAAACACUCUGAUUUGGAAGAGGAGGAGGAGAGGUGGGAGUGGAGUCCAGCAGGCCUUCAGAGCUACCAGCAAGCCCUGCUCCGCAUCUCCCUAGACAAAGUCCAGCGCAGCCUGGGCCCCCGAGCACCCAGCCUCCGCAGGCAUGUCCUCAUCCAUAACACCCUCCAACAGCUGCAGGCUGCACUUCGCCUGGCUCCCGCCCCUGCCCUGCCCCCCGAGCCCCUCUUCCUGGGCGAGGAGGAUUUCUCCCUGUCAGCCACCAUUGGCUCUAUCCUCAGGGAGCUGGACACCUCCAUGGAUGGGACUGAGCCCCCUCAGAAUCCAGUGACUCCCCUUGGCCUCCAGAAUGAAGUGCCACCCCAGCCUGAUCCAGUCUUCUUAGAAGCUCUGAGCUCCCGGUACUUGGGGGACUCUGGCCUGGAUGACUUCUUUCUGGACAUUGACACAUCUGCGGUAGAAAAGGAGCCUGCACGGGCCCCACCAGAGCCUCCUCACAACCUCUUCUGUGCCCCAGGUUCCUGGGAGUGGAAUGAACUGGAUCACAUCAUGGAAAUCAUUCUGGGGUCCUAAAACUGUGAUAGAGGGGAUCCUUCCUCAUGUCAUCUUCGGUGGCCUGGAUCCCUGAAUGCAACUCUGGGUGUGUGUUUUUGUGGGGGCUCGAAGCAGUGACUAUGGCCUCCUUUGUUCCUAUUUCAGGGUUCCACAAACUGUCUUGCAUGUGUGUGUGUGUCUGGUUACCCCGACCUUCUGUGAAGGUGGGUCUUCCUGAAUUAAUUUAUCUAUUCCAAAUGCCUUAACGAGACUCUGUUUCUGGGAGUCUGAUUUUCCACUUACACAUUUCUUCCACCUUUCCUGCUAGUUCCCACUCCCCUGUGACCACUGGGGCCUCAGGGAAGAUAAAGAAAGCUGGGCCUGUCGAAGGAUGACAGGGAUGUGCUGCCAGGUUGCUAUAGAAACCCAGGCUCUGCCUCUUGCACCUUGAGGGGGCGGGAGGGGCUGGUCUCCCUCCAGGCUGAACCCCACUUCCUCGGCAGGACCCCAGUCUCAGCAGCCUCCUGAUUUCAUAACCAGGCCGGACCACGUGCAAUAGGGUGGAAACCAAACUGCUCCAUGCCGCGUUAUUUAAAAGAAAGGCAGAGUUUGUGGUGGCUUUUUUUUUUUUUUUUUGGAUUGUUUGUAAUUUUUUUUUAAUAAAAGUAUUUUGGAAGGAG